AUGAGUGUUAGCAAUGAUGUUGAAAUGGCAGCAGCUGUUGCCAUUGAGCGCUAUAACGAAACAGUGCUAAACGGGGCCGUGUUAAAAGGGAAUCCAUCGAAGAGGCGGUGGACUUAUGCUAGUCCAGACGGCCAGUUCACCCACGAACUCGACCAUUUUCUUUCCAACCGCAGCGCGGUGUCGGAUGUCGCGGUCGUCCAGUCUUUCUACUGCGGCAGCGACCACCGCCUCCUCCGUGCCAAGAUUAAUCUGAACCCGCUGAAGGAAAGGUUGAACCAGCUACGCAGCAGGCGACCACCACCACGUCUCCUGGCCACAGUCAUGGCGGAGCUGGAGGCGUUCGACGUUAUUGAAGUCAUCAAUGCCGACUAUGCGAGCCUUGUCGAGCGACUCCAGAUGGUCAGCAAGCAGGCGACGUCCCCCGCGCCGAAUUACGUGAACCAGCGCAUCACGGAGAGGACGAGGAAGCUGCUGGAGAGGAGGAGGUAA